AUGAGGGCCUUAGAGCGCCUGAAUGAUCCAGAAGACGUGGAAUUUGCGCACUUUUUCGAACUCAUCUUCAAGACGACAACGACAGAUGUGCAGCCGAUGAUGCGAAGCCCUAACUUCGAGCCAUCCCCCGAUUUUGACAGAGAAAUUGAGCUCCGACCGCGACCAGUGGCUGCCCAUGUCCGCCGGGACCUCUACGAUUUUGCUAACAAUUGGAACAGAACCAAUUCAAGGGCGCACGCACAGGUCCGAAUCCAUUUCGCCGACAUCGACCGUUACCAGCAGCAGACAGAGCAGAUGUACUUUGACCCUAUCAACUUCCUGAUAUUUUUUGCUGACAGCAAGGCAGACUUCGACAGACUCGUCAAUGUCAGCACAGCACUAGUCACACAUGAGCGACCUGUGGAGCUUCGACUCACCCCAGACAGCUAUCAGCACCCUCAACGCUCAGUCGUCGACUUCACCCAGACGGCGAAAAACUUACAAAUAUCGUGGGAGGAGUGGGAAGCCCAGGACCUCGCCGGGGUCCACAUAAACGAAGUGGCGGGUGAUCUGAUCGAGAUCACCCUCAUUCAUGAGAUCUUACAUUGCAACGCUUACCGAUUAGCAGACUUUCCCGACGAAAACGACGCAACAUGUGGCUGGAGCAUGCUCAUGGGCUUGACAAAAGAACAAUCAUAUCUAUGUGCAGAGUCCAUUGCUAUGCUGUCUCUUGCCGCUGGUCUCGCUGACUUGAAGCCUGUCCACCUCCCAGAAGGACAUGGGUACACUAUCUCUCGCCAGGGAGAAGUAACAGUAUACUCUGACUUGUCAGAGUGGACGGUGGUGUAA